AAAUUAUUUCCCUUGUGCCACGUUCAAAACAAUGAUACUUCUCGAUCCACGAAACUGAUGAACAGUGUAUGAAGUUGGAACCAUACUCAUAAUCUUCAGUGUGUUGCAUUCGAAAAGGAAGAAAGGCCCCCAACAUGGUCUCUGUGAUCAAUUCAGUGGACACGGCUCAUGAAGACAUGAUUCAUGAUGCCCAGCUGGACUACUAUGGCACAAAACUGGCGACCUGCUCGUCAGACCGCUCCAUCAAGCUGUUUGACGUCACAAACGGACAACAGACGCUAGUCACACAGUUGAAGGGCCAUGACGGUCCAGUUUGGCAGCUUGCUUGGGCUCACCCGAUGUUUGGACACAUGCUGGCUUCCUGUGGCUACGACAGGAAGGUCAUCAUCUGGCGGGAGACGAACGGCGUGUGGGGAAAGCUAUAUGAGUACGCGCAGCAUGACUCUUCCGUGAACUCUGUGUGCUUCGCCCCUCACGAGUACGGGCUCAUGCUGGCGUGUGGGAGCUCUGAUGGCUCGAUCUCAGUGAUAUCUAGCACAGGGGAUGGUUCGUGGGACACAAAGAAAAUCAACAACGCCCACACAAUUGGCUGCAACUCUGUGAGCUGGGCCCCUGCCACCGCCCCCAACGCCUUGUUUGACCAGCAGAGUGGACAGCAGCAGCUGGUCAAGAGAUUUGUCUCCGGGGGAUGCGACUUCCUCGUCAAAAUCUGGAGGGAGGACAACGGCCAGUGGGUGGAGGAACAGAAGCUGGACGGCCACAGUGACUGGGUGAGGGAUGUAGCCUGGGCGCCCUCUAUCGGCCUGCCCAAGUCAGUCAUCGCUUCCUGCUCACAGGACUGCCGCGUGAUCAUCUGGACCAACGACGGCGUGAGCACCACGUGGAACUCCAAGAUCUUGCACAAGUUUGACGACGUCGUGUGGCACGUGAGCUGGUCCACCACCGGCAACAUCCUGGCCGUCUCAGGGGGAGACAACAAGGUAACAUUAUGGAAGGAGAGCCUGGAGGGACAGUGGGUGUGCAUCAGCGACGUCAACAAAGGUCAAGGUCAGAUCGCGGACAGACCAUCAUCGGGUUGAUAUAUGUGUGUGUGUGUGUGUGUGCUGUAGUAGACUAACUGUACCUGUAAAGUAAUUUUGUGAAAAGUUGUUUUUUAUGUCAUUGAUGUUUCCGUUGUGUGCUGCUGUAUCGAGAGACAGAGAGAGAGAGAGAGGAGAAAUAAAUGAUGUUCUGUUGGUGGAUGGACAGAAGGGAGACGGAUGUGAUGAUGAUGAUGCUGAAUGAGUGUUCUAUGGUUGUUGUUGUUUAUUUCACUUUCUCAUUGGUUUCACUUUUUUCUUUCCCCUCCCUUAUAUGACCUUAUUGUGUUGCAAGUGCUGAAAAACUCUCACUUAAACUAACUUUCUCUCCUCCCUUCAGGGACAAUGCAACAGAAAGUUAUCGGAGAGUUUCAUUAAUGUUCAGGGUGUGUUAGCUGUUUUAUUUUAUGCGCACUGUAACAACGCAAUGAAAGCGAUGUCCUUUGGUUAGAAAAGUAAUAAAGAAAAAAGUGUCUCUUCCGUGAAAUUCUUUUUUUUUUUUUGACUAUUUCUUGAUGAAGUAAGGAAAUUUUAGUUCAUGUAUCAAGGAUGCAGCACUUCAUGGGUGUUAGCACCAGCUGACUAUUCAAGAUUAUAUGUUUCAGUUGUCACCCUUUUGGCCGUUUUAUGGAGUUUUACAUUUAGAAGCCUUAUCAGCCAGCAUUUCACAGGGCCUGGAAAUUCUGGCGGUGAUUUCUCUAGUUUGUUUGUGCAUUACUUGUGGAGGUUUUUUUUCUUUCAUUUUUGUCACUGAAGUUGAAUGUAAAUCUGAUUGAUCUGUUCUUGUUUUUCUCUUAUCUGAGGAUUGGUCACUUGUUUGAGGCUAUUUGUGUCGUCGUGUUGUGUUGUGUCGUCGUGUUGUGUUGUUGUGUCGUCGUGUUGUGUUGUUUAGGAGCAAACAAUGUACAAACAGAAUAGAAUGAUUGCCUGUCACUCCCUCGUUAUAUAUAGUGUCACGACGCGGUGGGAUCAGGCGCUCGGCAAUUUUUUGGCAUGUGGAGUUAUUGGUGUCCUCUUAAAGUUUGCUCAUUUGUCUUUCUUUUGGUGAAAAAAAUAUACAUUUAUUUUAAAUACAAGUCGAGAUAUUGGUGAUUGGCGAAGGAGGUGGGGGUGGCCUGGUUUCAGAGGUAAAAUUAGCGAAAAAAUGGCUACCAAAGUUUAGCUAUUUCCUUCGCUUGAGAGUACUAAAAAUUUCCUUUUUUUUGGUGCUUUUUGUAAAUGUCUUUCAGUAAAAUCCACACAGAAAUGUACUUUUAAUAGGUGUAAAAGGUGCUGAGGCGAAAAACAAAAACUCGAUAAAAUUUCCCAAACCUGCGGAAAAAUGUCAGUUUCUUCUUUUUCAUUAUUUUGACGAGCGCCUGAUCUCACCACGCUGCCUCACAUGUAGUAUUUGAUUCAUAACACGAUUUCCUGAGUUGUUU